AUGGCUGUGCUGGUUUAUGUUUGUUGUUUUCUUACCAUUGCUGGUUUGUGCUGUCCGUUACAUUACUUGUAUUUGUUGUUUCUUACCAUUGCCUGUGUCCUUAACUUUACCACUGUUGGAGCUUCGGAGACAGAGCGCAAACUGCACAAGAAGCUGUUUGAGGACUACAACAUGAAAGUGCGUCCGGCGCGGCUCUGGCACGAGAAGGUCAUGGUGAGGGUGGGGAUGACCCUGUCCCAGCUCGUCAGCCUGAACGAAAAAAAUGGCGAGAUGACGACCAACGUUUUCAUGAAUAUGGCAUGGACAGAUUACAGGUUGUCGUGGAAACCAGAAGACUACGACAACAUUGACGUUUUGCGAAUUCCUCCAAAUAAAGUGUGGCGUCCAGAUAUCUACCUCAUAAACAAUAACGACGGUCAGUUCGAUGUGGCUCUUUACGUCAACGUCCUGGUCUACAGCGAUGGAACAGUGAACUGGCUUCCUCCUGCCAUCUACCGCAGCUCCUGUUCUAUAGAGGUGGCGUACUUCCCGUUCGACUGGCAGAACUGUAGCAUGGUCUUCCGCUCGUACACGUAUGAUGCUUCAGAGGUGGACCUGCAGUACUACCUGGAUGAUGAGGGAAAUGAGAUCAAGGAGAUAGUCAUAGAUGAGAACGCCUUCACAGAAAACGGCGAGUGGGCCAUCUGUCACAAACCGUCUCGUAAGAACGUGAAGGAGAACCUGUACGAGGACAUCACCUUCUACCUGAUCAUCGAGAGGAAGCCGCUCUUCUACAUCAUCAACAUCAUCGUGCCCUGUAUCCUCACCAGCGUCCUGGCCAUCUUUGUCUUCUACCUGCCUCCAGGAGCAGGAGAGAAGAUGACCCUGUCCAUCUCUGUGCUGAUCGCCCUCACUGUGUUCAUGCUGCUGCUGGCUGACAGAGUCCCGGAGACCUCACUGGGGAUCCCCAUCAUCGUCAACUACGUGAUGUUCACCAUGAUCCUGGUCACCUUCUCUGUCAUCCUCAGCGUGGUGGUCCUCAACCUGCACCACCGAACGCCCAGCACACACAUCAUGCCCACCUGGGUGCGCUUGGCCUUCAUUGACUUCUUGCCCAAGUACAUCGGCAUGGCGCGGCCCGAGCAGGAGGAGUCAGUGGAGAGGGGGGAGGAGUCUGGAGAGGACACGCCCAUCAGGAGUUAUAAUGGCCGCUCGCCCGGAGGAGAGUACUUCUUCAGGAAGAUUAACCCCGACCUGGUCUUGCCGUGGAGAGGAAGAUGUGAAAGCACGGUGCACUUACAGAGACAUCCGGACGGGUACUGCCUGAUCCUGCCUCCGAACCUCAAGUCGGCCAUCGCUGCUGUCACCUACAUGGCCGAACAGCUCAAGAAACAGGACACAGAUGACACGAUGACGGGUGAUUGGCAGUUCAUCGCUCUGGUAGUGGACCGCCUCUUCCUGUGGCUCUUCUGUAUCAUCACCACACUGGGCACUCUGGCCAUGUUCCUGGACGCCAGCUUCAACUACACUCCAGACCAGGCCUUCCCAUAG